AUGUCCUUUCUCUUUCUGUCCACCCUGAAGGCCAUGCUUCUUCUCCUCUCUGUGCUGGUCCUGCUCACACAGCCUCCAUUGUCAGGGGAAGCAGAAGUGACGAUCCUUCCCCAGAAACCUUUGAUUGAUGACUGCACCCUGGUCACGUGUAGCCCUGUGGAGAAUGGCCUGCCUGGUCGUGAUGGACGAGAUGAGAAAGACAGCCCCUGGGGCGAGAAGGGGGAUCCAGGUGGAGCUGAGGAAAUCAUCCAGAGUGCAGACACUCUCAACAGCCUUUGUCUCAAUCUGUUCCUUCCUCAGGAGAAGUGGGUGCCCCAGACGUGCAGGGUUCUGCAGGAACAAGAGGCCCCCCAGGUCCCAAAGGAGAGAAAGGUGCCCCUGGUGAGUGUGGAGACCCUGGGAGUGCAGGGGAAGCAGCCCCUGCAGGACCCAUGGGUAUACCGGGAAUUUCUAGGUGCCAGGGGGCUUCUCAGGACCGAAUGUGGGACAGAGGUGAUCCUGGUGGAGCUCUUCCUCCAUGGCCAAAGUGUUGGCCAGAAGGUCUUCAAGACAGCAAGGUUUGUAAAGCCUUUCCAGGAGGCACAGCAAGUGUGUGCACAGGCCGGGGGGCAGCUGCCCUCCCCACGAAAUGCAGCUGAGAACGAGGCCUUGAAACAGCUGGUUGAGAUUGAGAACAAGGGUGCUGCAUUCCUGAGCAUGACUGACUCCCAGACGGAGGGCAAGUUCAUCUAUCCAGGAGGGGAGUCCCUGGUCUAUUCAAACUGGGCCUCUGGUGAGCCCAACAACUAUCGCGACAUGGAGGACUGUGCGGAGAUGUACACCAAUGGCCAGUGGAACGACGGGCCCUGUGGGGAGAAGCGCCUUGUGGUCUGCGAGUUCUGUGCCCUUGGGGUGGGUGAGGCAGCCUUGGUCCAGGAGCCUGGCCCAGACCUGUGUGCUGCCAACAUGACAACGAAGAGCUGACAUCACUGUGGCUGGGCUUCUGCACAGAGCUGUGGGAUGAGGCCAGCCAAGGGCUCCCAUGGAACUCCUCUCUCAGAAUAAAAUACGAA